CAGAAGAAAAAUGCUGCUUUUCCUUUAUUUUUUUUAGUAGUUUACAUUUACAUGGCCACUUAAGACUGCUGCAUCAUCAGUGGUGAGGGAAACUGGGCAAGGAGAUCUUUAUGAAGUUUUUAAAAUAAUGGGAAAUAGAAGCGCAUAUCAUUUUUCAGCGUAAAGUCCAAAAAAUUUCAUUAUUGUUUCAAAUGAUAAAAGAAAAAUAACAAGAAAAUCCAAUUUGUGAGUCAUAAACAUCUUAUCAUAUAUAAAUUGGAGAUCCAGAUUAUGUAGUGUUUGCAAAGUUAAUGCGACAUCACUCUGUGAUCGGAAGAAAGUUUAUGAAUUAUGUUGGAAGCAAGUGAUUAACUGCAGGAUAGCAGGAAUCACCCACAUAUAUAAAUUGUGAAUGUUUGGGUCAUUUUGCCCAUACCCUCAGGAGAGCUCUUCUGUUGUGGUAUUAAGGUAGAAAUACUCUGAUAACAAAUGGGAAUAAUAUCUAAUUUUUAUAAUAAGACAUCCAUAUAUUAAAUAUUCCAAUGUUUGAAUAUGCUUGUGUUAGAAAAUUGUCUAUCCUUGCUCUGUCAAGUUUUUAAGAUAAACAAAUGUAAAUAAUUCUACUUGUGUAGUAUUCUGCACAAUGGAAAUAGCCCUUGAACUAAGUAUUCCAGUAAUUGGUUGGCCUACAAUUGCCUCAUCUAUAUUACUCUGAAUAGCAUUCACCACUCCUUCACCAUACAUGGCUCUUUUUUGUUUAUGGGGAAAUGAGAGGUUUCAGUCACCUUUCAUUUUCUUUUUGCCAGGUCACAUUGAGUGACAAUAGUAUCAUGUUACAUAACCACUCUUCCCCAGGUGUUUUGUCUCCAUAUGCAAGUUGUCAAACUGAGAGAGUUCUUUCUCAUUCUCACAAGUAGAGAGUGAGUGAAUGAGAGAGAGAGAGAGCGCGAAUCUCACGGUGCGGAAAGUUGUUAGACACCUGGAGCUUGCCAUUCCUCUAUUACAGAAACAGAGUAAUAGUAGGAGUCUUGAAAAUCACUUGCCCCUCUGGCUCUUUCUGGAACUACAGUUUACAUUGAAGCAGCUGCCUGCUCUGCCUAGCAAUGCUCAGCACAGCCAUCUAAGAACAGAUGCAGUAGUAGGAACAGCUUCUCUUCAGGGAUAACCACUUGCCUACUGCAGACUUCCAACAUUACUCUAGACAACGAAGCAGGAAAGAUCAACCACAUGAUGGGGAUGUUGCAGGUAUGGACACAGCGAGAUGGGACAAAGUAAAGGGAACAGACAAAGAUGAAGGGAUCCAUGACCAAGAAGAAAAUAUGCUAUUUUUUUAGAUUGUGGCAAUUUUAUUUGAUCAUAUCUUAUUUCCUUGGCAGAGAAGGGCAUAUCGAAAGGAGGGUGAGUCUACUUUAAACCCUUUUGGGAGGAGGGGAAGAGACUUAUGGGCUGAGUAUGGAAACAUACCAGCAGUCUUCCCCCCACCCCAUGCCUGCUGUAAGUAACUUUCUAAACUGUCAUUAGCUGAGGCAUUCCUGUGUGGAGUGCAGGACAUGGUUCCUGAAAUUCCUGUUACUGUAACAUGCAUUUCAGUACUUGUAGAUCUAAUUUCAUGUUUCUCUUUUUUUCCUUCCCCCUUAAUCUUAAGGUGAAAGUAGACUUGCAUGUAUCCUUGCCUCACAGCUACCCUCAUUCAGCACCGCAACUAUUUGCAAGAUCAAAUGCACUAGACAGACAGAAUCAACUGCAGCUCAAUAAACAUCUCACUUCUCACAUCAGUUCUUUGGAUUUAGGUGAACUGUGUGUAUGUGCAGCUGUGCAGUGGGUACGAGACAACAGUGCAUCUUAUUUCCAAAACAGUAACAUUGCUUUUGAAACUGCUCCAGAAGAAAAAGCAGUAAAAAUAUUUUUUCAUCGUAUGUGGAUCUAUAGCCAUCAUAUAUAUAGACAGGAACUGAAAAAGAAAAUCUUUGAUUGCGCAAAGCAAUUAAAUUUGACUGGUUUCUGCUUAACAGGGAAACCUGGUAUCAUCUGUGUGGAAGGGCUCAAAGAAAACUGUGAGGAGUUCUGGCAUGUUAUUAGAUAUCCUAACUGGAAACACAUUUCCUUCAAACAUGUUGAGAGUAUGGAAACUGAAGGAAAUGGGGAUAAGCUUCAUCUCUUUCGUACUUUUGAAGAUUUACAGUUCCAGGCACAUGGUGAUUAUGGACUCAGGAAUGACUAUCACAUGGAUCUUGGCCAAUUCUUAGAAUUCCUUAAACAGCAUCAAAGUGAACAUAUUUUUCAAAUAUUAUUUGGUGUUGAAGGCAAACAUUCAGACAAUCAAGUGCAUAACUAGUUUUAAUUUUGCACGACGUUACAAAUGAUUUUUUUUAAGUUCAUCCAUGGAUAUACUAUGAUUAAAAACUGAGUGAAAUUGAUAUAUUGUGCUUAUAGCUAUUAUAAUAAGGGAAACUAUGUAAAGUAAGAAAAUCAUGGUGCAAGGAUAGACCCUUUGCUUUUGUUUUAAAUACAUCAUAAGUAAGACCCUUUGUUUUCAGUUUAAAUCAAUUUUUACCAAAAAAAAU